AUGGUUCAGAAUGACAAUCCGUUUCGAUUAGAUGACGAUGACUCUGUUGAGGGACAGAGUUUGCAUAAUAACCCAUUUGUCCAAAUGGUUGACGACGACAUACACCAAACAUCGAACCAUGCUCAAAGGAGUGCCUUUGAUCUGAACGAUUACCAGGACUCAUACAAUGAAACAGUUUCUUCUCCAGUGCGCCAUUCCAUCCUCCGCCCGCCUUCGAAUGUUUACGACGCGACGCAGUCCAGUUUCUCAUCAAACAGCUCGUUUCUGGGUUCUGAAAAACUCCCGUCCAACUCAUAUACCAGGCCAGUGAUUUACCAGCCCUCUGUGCCGCCAAUGCCUUAUCAGCAAAGUUUUCCCGUGUUUCAGUCCUUUAUGAGGGAUGGGGAUGAGCCAGUGAUUGAGGAUCUAUUUUUCGACAAGACAGAGAACGAUGGUAUUGAGCCUCUCAAUGUGGCUACUUCAGGUGACACCAAGGUCCAGUUGCUGGACGACAAGCACUACAGUUUUGAUUUUCCAGUUCCCAAGCAGCUGGUUGCCCGCAUUCCGUUUGAGGACGCCAAGAACCUGACGGAGUUCACGUAUUUAAGGUACCAUGCCAUUACAGCAGACCCAAAGGACUUUACCAGCGGCGACCUCGAGAAAAGACACGACAUUGUGAACUACCCGUUGCGGCCGAAUCUAUAUGGAGUGAGACGUGAAACAGAGCUCAUGAUCGUGUGUACCAUGUACAACGAGGACGAAGUUCUGUUGGGCCGCACGCUCAAGGGUGUUUUCAAAAAUAUUAAAACCAUCAUCCGUUUGGCAAAAACGCGUGGAAAAAAAAUUGUGGUGGUGAUAGUCAGCGACGGGCGCUCCAAGAUCCACGAGAGGUCCAAGGCUCUGCUCACUUUGCUAGGAUGCUACCAGGAGGGUGUGAUCCAGGAGAAAGUGAACGGCGACGACGUCAACGCGCAUCUGUUUGAGUACACCACCACAUUUGGUAUCGGACAGUUCGACUACCACCGUGGCGACGAGGGUAAAGGUUUUACAGUUCCGUUGGUCACAGAGCAGACUGUGCCUGUUCAGAUGAUGUUUUUGCUCAAGGAGCAGAACAAGCAAAAGAUCAACUCGCACAGAUGGGCGUUCAACUUUUUGUGUCCAAACCUGAACCCAAAAAUUGUGUGUCUGCUGGACGUCGGCACAGAACCAGGCCCAGACUCGAUCUACAAGCUUUGGCAGGCAUUCAAGGACCCGCAGGUUGGAGGGGCCUGUGGAGAAAUCAGGGCCAUGCUUGGAAAAAAGAUGAGUCCAAACGAUGAGGGCUCGCUGAUGCAGAAAUUAGGACGCUGGGUCUUGCGGACCUCUUCUGACCUCAAAUGCGUGGUGCUGAAUCCACUCACUGCCGCACAGAAUUUCGAGUACAAAAUAUCCAACAUUCUUGACAAACCGAUGGAGUCGGCAUUUGGCUUUGUCACGGUUCUUCCCGGUGCUUUCAGUGCAUAUAGAUACGAGGCGUUGCAAGGAGACCCUCUGGAAGCGUAUUUUCAUGGAGAAGAUAUGAAAACCAACACGGAGAAGCCUGCCGGAACGCUGGAGUCUAACAUGUACCUAGCAGAAGACAGAAUCUUGUGUUUUGAGCUGGUGGCCAAGAAAGGAGCGUCGUACGUGCUGCGGUAUGUCCACGACGCGUUUGGGGUCACCGACGUGCCCGGAAACAUUGCAGAGUUCAUCAACCAGCGGCGGAGAUGGCUCAACGGGUCGUUCUUCGCUGCGCUCUACUCGGUGAUGCAUUUCUACCGGAUAGUCCGUUCGAAACACAGCUUUGGCCGCAAGCUCGUCCUGCUGGUGGAGGUGGUGUACCAGACCGUCAAUAUUGGUCUCUCGUGGUUGUCCAUCUCGUUUUAUUUUCUGGUCUUCCGGAUAUUAACUUUGGGACUGGCUGACACAUCGGUGGGGUUCAAGGCUGGCAACAUACUGGCAGUGGUGUUCCUGUGGCUCUACAUUGCAGCUCUGGCGCUCACGUUUAUCAUUUCGUUUGGCAACAAGCCCAAGGAUGCCAAACGAUUAUACCAGCUCGCUUUCCUGCUCUUCUCCAUAGUGAUGGCCUACAUGAUUUUCUGUGUGAUUAUGCUGACGAUCGCGUCGGUUCACACGAUCCAAAGCGAAAUCGCAGCCUCUACGAAAAGCAAGGUGCUGGCCUACUUGGAAAACUCCAAGUUCCGCGACCUGACUGUGGCACUCUCGUCCACAUACGCACUGUACGUUUUAGGGUCAUUGCUGUUUUUCGAGUUCUUCCACCUGUUUGGUUGCAGUCUGCAGUACAUUUUUUUGAGCCCGGCGUACAUCAAUGUGUUGAGUGUUUUCGCGUUCUGCAACAUCCAUGAUAUUUCUUGGGGCACCAAGGGAGCACUCAAGGUUGAGGAAGUGGGCAAGAAAGAGGCUAAUAAGAGCGAGCGUUCGAACGAGCUGAUCUUAUCAGAGGCUUUGCAGGACCCCGACGAGCUCUAUCUUCUGGCUAACAACAAUAUUUCCAAGCCUGAGGCGGUGAAAAAGGAAAGCACCUUGAAAACUUCGGAACGGAAUUAUGCCUUGGGCAGAACAUACACGGUGCUUGCAUGGCUGGUGUCAAACUUCAUAAUUUUGGUUCUUGUGCUGCGAACGGGGGGACUGGACGACUACAAUGAUUACAAAGACUCGGGCACUAGCACCACUACUGCCACCACCAAGGUGAAAAGAAACGUGGACAGUAAGAGCUCUAACAGGUUCAUGACGUUCGUGCUUUGGUGUGUGUGCUGUCUGGCGCUAGUUCGCUUCUUUGGCGUGCUGGUCUACAGACUGGACACUUUUUUCCGCAAACGUCGCUACCACAAGCACCCGGUGAUCUAA